GCUCCUUUCUCCUUCAGCUCUGCCUCCUUAACACCCUGACCUUGCCCAAGAGGAGGAAGAAAUGACCAGUUUCCAGGAAUCUGUUACAUUCAAGGAUGUAGCCAUGGACUUCACUGAGGAGGAGUGGGAGCAACUAGGCCCUGCGCAAAGGGCCCUAUACAGAGAGGUGAUGCUGGAGAUCUAUGGUAACCUGGUCUUAGUGGGAAGGAAACUUUAUGACUGUGCUGAGUGUGGUAAGAGCUUCAGUCGGAGCACAGAUCUUCGCUAUCACCAGAGAAUUCACACAGGAGAGAAACCUUUUGUAUGUGAUACCUGUGGCAAGGGCUUCAGUUAUAACACAAACCUUCGUGUCCAUCAGAGAGUUCAUACAGGAGAGAAGCCUUUUCAGUGUGAGGAGUGUGGCAAGGGAUUCAAACAGAGCUCCAAUCUUCGCAUUCACCAGAGAGUCCACACAGGAGAAAAACCUUUUGUGUGUGAUACAUGUGGCAAAAGCUUCAGUUGUAACACAAAUCUCCGCGUUCAUCAGAGAGUCCAUACAGGAGAGAAACCUUUUAAGUGUAAAGAGUGUGGAAAAGGCUUCCAUCAGAGCUCUAAUCUUCGCAUUCACCGAAGAGUCCACACUGGAGAGAAAACUCUACAAAUGUGAGAAGUGUGGUAAAGGCUUUAGUAAGAGCAUAUACCUUCAAGUGCAUCACAGAGUUCACACAAGAGAAACUGUUUAAAUGGGAAGUAUGUAGCAAGCGCUUCAGUUAAACCACAAACCUUUAUAUUCAUCAGAAAGUCCACACAGGAGAGAAACCUUUACUUUUGAAGAGUGUGGUGAGGACUUCAAUCGGAGCUGCAACCUUCACGUUUUCCAGAGUGUGAAACUGGAGAAAAACUCUACAAAUGUGAUGUGUGUGAUAAGGGCUUCAGUCAGAGCAUAGGCUUUGAGUUCAUCAAAGGGUGGUAAGGGCUUCAUAAAGAGCACUAAGCAAGUCUACUCAGGAGAGGAAUGUUACAAAUGGAGUGUGAUAAGAGUCUCACUUGAAACACAGACCUUCCAUAUCAUCAGAAUCCACAGACAAGAAAAAACAUUCAAAUGCAAUACAUGUCGUAAGGGCUCCAGUUAUAACGAGUCUUCAGGUUCAUCAGAGGUGGGCUCAAGUCUUUGCAUCCAUCAGAUUCCACAUGGAAGAAAAACCCUGCAGGUGUGCAGAGUGUGGUAAGAACUUCAGCUGGAGCACAAAUCUCUUCCUUCACCAGAGAGUCUGUGUCUCCACUAGACUCUGAGCUCCAGGAGAGUACACUACUUAGGCUUUGCUCACUAUUGUAUCUUCAGCUCCUAAGGUAGUACCUGGCACAGAGUAGCCGCUCAGCAAAUACUUGUUGAAUGAGAAUCCAUGUGGGAGAGGUCCCCUAUUCAUAUUACAUGUGUGGUAGUGGCUUCAGAGUCUACACAUUGAAACCUUUUAAGAAUAUGUGGUGAAAAUUCCAUCAGAUUACAGUUUUCAUCUUCAGGAGAGAAAGCCUGUUAACUUGAUAAGUAUACCAGUGGACUUAAUCAGAGAGAAAUAGUCAUAUUAUUAAAUCAGUAUAGUAAAUUUAAAAUUACGUAUCUUUAACAUAAGACAAUCCACGGGAGGAAGCCAAAAAGCUGGGUCAAACGUAAGAAACAUUCUAGUCAAAACUCCUACAUUAAAACAUAUAUCUAAUUGCUAUUCAGGGAGAAAAAAAUCCUGUGAAUGCUUUAAAUGAAAUUAUGUGUCUGACUCUGGACCCAGUACCUUUGCAUAAGGUUGGCUCAGCCAGAAUCUGGUAGCAGUAGGUAUUCUUUUGUUUUAUAUUUCAUCUCAAAGAGGCGUAUGUUGGCCUCAACCAAUGAGUUAUCCAGGACCAGUGACUAACAGGGUCUUUCUUCUGGAGAAGACACCCCUUACCUUGCAAGGUGCCCAUGGCCCUAAUCUGCCUCCUUACCCAUCAUGUCACCAGGCUGUUGGAUGCCUCUCACCAUGGAUUAUAGAAAUCAUCAGAUAAGGCAUCUUCAGGAAAGAUGUCUGCAGAAGAGAUAGCUAAAGGAAGGGGCUGGGUCGGGGUAUAAGGAAGGGGAUUAGAAGAGAGGAAAGCAAAUCUGAAAGGAUGGGGAAUGG